CCUUCGCAAGGGAGACUGACAGGGAUUCUUACAGAGAAAACCUGGGAGUGAAAGCCGUGCGCACGGACAAACGGUCACACGAACCACUGACUACUUAAAUAAGAUGCCUCACCUAGCUCUCCCCCGCAUCUGCAUUACUCAGAGUUUCCAUCAACCCAGGUAUCAUUCACGGCAAGAUGAAGACUUUCUACAACAUAUAUGCGAUCUGCGGUUUCGCCGCCAUUGGCGGUGGACUGUUCGGUUUCGAUAUCUCUUCCAUGUCCGGUGUCCUUGGUACGGCCGCCUACAAGAACUACUUCAACGGCCCCAGUGGCACUCGUCAAGGUGGUAUCACUGCCUCUAUGCCUGCAGGCUCCCUCGUUGGCGCCCUGUGCUCUUCCUUCAUUGCCGACCGCCUGUCUCGUAAGAUCGCCAUCCAGAUCGCUGCUCUCAUUUGGAUCCUUGGUGCAAUCCUGCAGGCCUCAUCCAACGGUAUCCCGCUUCUCUGCGUCGGCCGUGUCGUCGGUGGCUUCGCGAUCGGUAUCUGUUCCGCCAUUGUCCCCGUCUAUCAGUCUGAGAUUGCACCCAAGGAGAUCCGUGGUCGUGUUGUCUCUCUUCAGCAAUGGGCUAUCACUUGGGGUAUCCUCAUCCAAUACUUCAUCCAGUACGGCUGUUCCUUCAUGGGCGGAGGCGCCAAGAACCCAACCCAAGGCACUGCUGCUUUCCGCAUUCCAUGGGGUAUCCAGGCCGUCCCCGGUCUGAUCCUAUUCAUCGGCAUGUUCUUCUUUCCCAAAUCCCCUCGAUGGCUCGCCUCGAAAGAUCGCUGGGAGGAGGCUCUCCAAGUUCUGGGUCACCUCCAUGGUGGUGGGGAUAUGAACCAUCCUAAGGUGCUUGCCGAAUACAAGGGGAUCGAAGACGCUCUCCGCUUUGAACGCGAGCAGGCCGAGACUAGCUUCGGUGCUCUGAUGAAGCCUCGCAUUGUCAAGCGUGUUGUUCUUGGCAUGUCCAUUCAGGCUUGGUCGCAGCUCUGUGGCAUGAAUAUUAUGAUGUACUAUGUAGUUUUCAUCAUGCGAGGAGCUGGCAUCGCGGACGAGCUCCUGACAGCCUCAGUCCAAUACAUAAUCAACGUAGCCAUGACCCUCCCCGCAAUCCUCUACCUCGACAAGUUUGGCCGGCGCCCGGCUCUCCUAAUUGGCAGCUUUUUAAUGAUGACCUGGCUCUUCACCACCGGCGCCCUCCAAGCCACCUACGGAAACCCCAACCCCGACAAAACCGACAGGGACAUCUCAUGGGUCGUCCCUAAAGAACACAGCAGUGUUUCCAAGGCGAUUGUCGCGUGCUCAUACCUCUUCGUAGCCACCUUCGCCACCACCUGGGGCCCAACAUCGUGGACCUACCCAUCUGAGAUCUUCCCUGCAAAAGUCCGCGCUAAGGCCGUCUCGCUCGCGACCGCGGCGAACUGGACAUGGAACUGCAUCCUCGCCUUCGCCGUGCCGCCGCUCCUUUGGAGCAUAAACUGGAAGAUGUACAUGAUCUUCGGAACUUUCAACGGCCUGGCGUUUAUCCAUAUGUUCCUCGCUGCUCCCGAGACAAAGGGCAGGACGCUCGAGGAAAUGGACGAUAUCUUCGACCGGGGCGUGCCUGCUUGGCGGUCUGGGAAGGGCGUUUCGCGCCUCGAUCGGCUUGCGGAUGAUAUUGAGAAGGGGGAUGUUGAGGUGAAGACUGAUGCUCGGGACCAUGCGGAGCAGAUUGGUGUGCAGCCUAAGGCUGUUUAGACAUGGGUGGUUUGGUGUGUGUGAGGUAUGCAUGCUCUGGUAUAGAGAUAUGCUAAUAUAUAGGCCAGCAAAGCAAAGUCUACAUGUAUAUAUUAGCAGAAAAACAGGGUGGAAGGCAAAUGUAGAUUAGUAAUUAGCAGUAAAAAUUACCUGCAUACAUUUUACACUAAGAAAUUAAGAUUUUAC